AAUGGGCAAUUUUUUUGAACACGGAGAGGCAACUGUCGUGGGCAAAGGUGAAAAGCGUAGUAUAACGGCGCCGCCGUCGCCGCCGGCGCUGGCGCCUCCUUGUCGCCCAUCGUCCUUACCCACUAAUCCUUCUAGUUGAGGGCUGCGAGGAAUCGACGCUUCCAUUAUACCAAACGUCAUAGCAAGUAAUAGAAACCUAGCAGAGAAGGUGUUGGGGAUCGGAUCGGAGGAGGAUGCGAGGCUACGUGACGCUCCCCAUCUUUAUCGUGCUCACCGCGAUUGGCUAUCUGUACUAUACGACCCUUUUCGUCUUGAUCGAUGGAUGGCUGGGGCUGUCGACGGCGGCUGGGUUCGCGAACGCCGCCGUGUUCACCGCUCUCGCCGUCGUGGUCGUUGUCACCUACGGGAUCGCCGUGUUCAAGGAUCCAGGCCGUGUUCCGAACUCCUUCUCACCCGACAUCGAGCACUCAGAGAGCCCAAUCCACGAGAUCAAGAGGAAGGGUGGAGACCUGAGAUACUGCCAGAAGUGUUCCCACUAUAAGCCUCCUCGUGCACAUCACUGUCGUACUUGUAAAAGAUGUGUCUUGAGAAUGGAUCACCACUGUGUCUGGAUAAACAAUUGUGUCGGGCAUGAGAACUAUAAGGCCUUCCUUAUUUUCGUGUUUUAUGGUGUGAUUGCCUGCAUCCAUUCUAUGGUUUUGCUUGUGGGAAGUGCUUCUUAUGCUCUCCACAACGAUCAGGAACAUAAUGCUGGAUUUUUCAAUAUUUCGUAUAUAAUUUGUGGCAUUCUGCUACUUCCCUUAACUAUUGCAUUAAUUGUCCUUUUGGGUUGGCAUGUUUACCUCAUCCUACAAAACAAGACCACAAUCGAGUAUCAUGAAGGAGUAAAGGCAAUGUGGCUGGCAGAAAAGGUAGGAAAUGUGUAUCGGCAUCCAUAUGACCUUGGUAUUUAUGAAAACCUUAUGUGGGUUCUGGGACCCAGCAUAUUCUAUUGGUUCUGCCCUGUGACGAAGAAUUUAGGCUCUGGUCUCCGUUUUCGCACUGGAUACGACGUUCCAUUAUCCACAUUUCAAAGCUGAGUUAUGUGAUGACACAGAAAUGCAGUAGUUUGAGAUGAAUGACCAGAGUUGUUGAGGAUCUUAUAAAAACUUUUUUUUCGAUCAGCUACAACUGAGACAAUUGUUCGUGGAUGAGUCUCGUUGGGUUUCUUGUUACCCACCGGCACGUACAUGGUUGUGAAUAGGUUAAGUUGGUAACAUUUUGGAGUGUUCAGUGUUGGAGAGCAUUCCCACGUUAGAAUUGUGAGCUUAGUCAAUGAAUACUGUAAAAAAAAAAUUUUUUUUAGUAGUUUUCAGCUCGUCUUUGGGUUAUAUAUUAUUCGCUAUGUGUUUAUAAAUUUGACCUGCUGAUGUUCGCUAUUUGGAAGCUCAAGGUUUCUUUCCCAGAGGAGAACAUGCUCAGAGAACACGUUUCUAGUUUUUUAGUAUUUUUGGUGCCUUGUAUUUGUAUUAGUUCUUCAGAUUUUGAUCAUCGGUACAGUGUAUUAUUUCUAAGAUUUGCAUAGGAUG